UUGAGCGCUGCCGUCUGCCGGGACUCACCGGGAUGCAAAACUGAGGGACCAGCUUAGCACCGGAUCGAUCGACUAUGCUUUCAUUUUUUUGCCACCUGCGAUUCACCAUGGGCUUUAUCGGACGUACCCGCCAGCAUUUGCUGUGGUUAUGAGAGACUGAUGAGAGCAGAGAGGACAGGAUGCCUGCCGGCGGCUCCAACUCGCUGAAACCCAGCGCCUUCCUCCCGGUGUCUACGGCUGCUUGCCUGCUGGUGGGCUCUACAUCCCUGUUCUUCGUCUUCACAUGCCCAUGGCUGGCUGUGGCCAUCUGCCCUGCUGUGCCACCAUGCUCUGCCAUCCUUUUCCUUUUUGUACUAGCCAACUUCACCAUGGCAACCUUUAUGGAUCCCGGUGUGCUCCCGAUGGCUGGUGACGAUGAAGACAAGGAAGAUGAGUUUCGUGCUCCGCUCUACAAGAACGUGGACGUUAAAGGCGUCCAGGUGCGGAUGAAGUGGUGUUCGUCGUGCCACUUUUACAGACCUCCGCGCUGCUCUCAUUGCAGCGUCUGUGAUCACUGUGUGGAGGACUUUGACCAUCACUGUCCUUGGGUGAACAACUGUAUCGGGAGGCGAAACUACCGUUACUUCUUUCUGUUCCUGCUGUCGCUCACCUUUCACAUGAUCGGUGUUUUCACCUUUGGCCUCAUAUUUGUCCUGCACCACAUCGACGAUUUAUGGAAGCUGCACUGCAUCAUCACUUUGGUAGUGAUCAGCAUUUCUGGGUUUUUUCUUAUCCCUGUCCUGGGUCUCACAGGGUUCCACUUGUAUUUGGUUUCCAGAGGUCGUACUACCAACGAACAAGUAACUGGGAAGUUUCACGGAGGAGUAAACCCUUUCACACGAGGCUGUUGCAACAACAUAGUGCAUUUGGUUUGCAGUCCCAUUUCUCCAAAUUACACAGCAAGACCCUGUAAGGAAAAAAUAAUCAAUGUCCAACCUCCGUUCCUGAGGCCAGAGCUUGACCGACAGAUGUCAGAUAAAGUUGGGGACAACGGGAUUCAUAGCCUUGCACUUCAUAAUAAUCAAUCCUCAGCUGAAGAGGUUGAGCUGUCAGACCUCAAACAGUUGAAAACUCCUCCACCCCUCCCUCCAAAACCUGACCGCAGCCUGCUGAAAAGCCAAGUUACUGUUAUGGAUGAUAUGGGCCAUCAUACCAAAUCCAUCAUUCCUGUGUCUAUUCCCACUGUGCCACAGCUACGGCCAGUCCUGGAGGCCAUAUCCAGAGGAUCAUCACCCAUUCCUCCAGAGAAGUUUCUGAAGACAUCAGAGCAGCAAGGGAACAGCAAAUAUCCUGACCUCUGCUCCGAGUCUAGAGGAAGCCCAGGAAGGGGUAACCAUCAGGCCAGCCUGCUCUUCCAAUCUCCCCACCAGCCCAGCACUGUCUCCAGUUUGCUACAGCUCAACUCUCUGACGCUCAACACCCGUUCUCUCACCCUGAAACACAGCAGUCGCCAUAGCAGCAAAUCCCAGCUGCCUGCUGUGCACACUGAUGGGUGGGGAUCCAACCACCCUGCAGGGAUCAUCUCGUCUUCUGGUCUGCUGGCCACUCAAAGCAGCAGCAGUAAUGGCAGUCCACCCUAUGAUAACCUCAUCAACCCUGCAGACCCUCAGUUCAUGGCUCAGAGAGGCUCCCCUUCUGUCAGCUAUCACCCCCAUUUUAUGGCCCUGGGCACAGAUGGGACUCUCCAGCGUCCGGCCCCUCAAACCUACAGUCCUGUGUUCAUGGGUAUCAGUAGACAAUCUCCCCAGCCUCGAGAAUCCUCUCCGUCUUUACAAGGGCUCACUUCAAGGGACGCCUCACCAUCUCUGCAAGGUUUUAUUCAAAGAGAACCAUCUCCUGCUUUUCAAGGGCUUAUCCCAAGAGACCUCCAAACCCAAAGCGUGGCAACACGAGACAUUCCCCCUCCAAGUCUGUUAAUGCGAGACAUGGCAUCUCAAGGUCUUCGAGAAAGCAUUCGGGAUAUCGUUCCACAAGACAUGACGCUUCCGAAAUCUGCUGCUGCGCGCUAUGACAACUUUUCAAAAACCAUAAUGGCAUCAAUCAAUGAGAGACGUGAGCUGGAGGAGAGGGAGAGGAUGUUCCGUAUGCAAGCCAGAUGCCAAGCGCUCUACGGCCCAGAUGUGGCAAUCUAUGACAUCCCCAGCAGAAGGAGCCUACCUCCAGACAACAUUCGACCUCCAGGCUCCCGUGGACCAACGCCCCCAGCCUACGGCUCCAGGGAGUUUCUGAUGAGUACAGGGAUUUUAGGUUAUGGUGUGAGGACCUCGCCUCUCUCCAGCUCUUCCACAUCAUCUCUGACUUAUGGCCCCAAAACCUCCAGCUCUCCUCUGCAGAGCAGCAGCAGCAGUCUGCAAAGCAAGGGAAGGUCUUCAUCUCCAGCUUAUUGUCCUCUUGAAAGGCAAACCCAAGUCCUCCCUUCCUCUACCUCUACUCUCCCCCGUUUACCCUCCACCACUUCCUCCGCCCCUCCGUACUCUUCCUACGCCACCAUGAAGCGCUCAUCACUUCCGUUCUCCCCAGAGGGCAAGGAGUCUGUCACCAUGGGAGCUCUGAAAUAAAACAUUUGCCAUGUUUCUGGUGGUGUGAUUGAAUCAUCUAUGCAGUGUUCGUCUCAGUUUUCACAACUCCAAAAUCUUAUGUAAAUAAGAGGUCAUUUUGGGCAUUCUUGUAGGAGAAGGUGUGAAAAACCAUCGCUUAGUUAAGGAUUAACUUGGAAUUACUGUUGUAAAUUAAAAAGAACGAAAAGAAAGAAAAAAACUGAAUCUCAGGAUAUUGGUGCUUUCUCUUACAGACAGAGGGAGGACUUUCAAUCAAAGAAAAAAGAGCUAUGUGAAGAAUUCAGAUGAACUAUCUUGAUAUUGUGAAUCAUUGUCAUACCACAUUGUGUAAUUUGACUCAUAUUAGAAAAAAAAACCUUGUUUAAUAGAUUUUUUUGUAGCUGUUUAUAUGAAUAAACUUAUUUUGUAAUUUC